UCUGACUCGCUCUCGGCCGCCGUGUGAAAGCUUAACGGGCACGCCCCACCCACCCCCGUACAGAAGUAAAAAGGACUCGCCGCCGCGUGUGCUUUAAUUUAACGAAUUUAAACAAAAAGAAAACCUAACAAAAUGAGCCAGUUCGCUUGGGUGACGCUGACGACAAAUGACACGUACUCCCUGGGUGCCCUGGUGCUGGCCCACUCCCUGAAGCGGGCCGGGACCGCCCACCAGCUGGCCGUGCUGGUGACGCCCACCGUGUCGGAGGCGAUGCGCGACAGACUUAAGGACGUGUACAAUGUUGUACAAGAGGUGAAUGUGCUGGACUCACAGGAUGCGGCGAACUUGGCCCUGCUCUCCCGCCCGGAACUGGGCGUGACGUUCACAAAGCUGCACUGCUGGCGUCUGGUGCAGUUCGAGAAGUGCGUCUUCCUCGAUGCAGAUACCUUGGUCCUGCAAAAUGUCGAUGAGCUCUUCGAGCGCGAGGAACUCUCGGCUGCUCCGGAUGUCAGCUGGCCCGAUUGCUUCAACUCCGGCGUGUUCGUGUUCAGACCCAGCCUGGAUACCUUCGGCAAGAUCACAGAGUUCGCCAUAAAGAACGGCAGCUUCGACGGCGGUGACCAGGGCCUGCUGAAUCAGUUCUUCGCGGACUGGGCGACGGCGGACAUCAAGAAGCAUUUGCCAUUCGUCUACAAUGUGACGGCCUAUGCCUCCUACUGCUAUCUGCCCGCCUUCAAACAGUUCAGAGAUAAGAUUAAGAUUUUGCAUUUCGCCGGCAAGCUGAAGCCCUGGCUGAUCCAGUUCAACUCUGAGACGAAGACGGCCGCCGUGUCCUCGGACUAUGCCCACGCACAGGACCUUAUCCAGCUCUGGUGGAACAUCUUCUGUGAUACUGUGAUCCAGUCCCUGUCCAGCGAAAUGGCUGGUCUGGCUGGAGCCCUGUCGCAGCUGCAGAUCGGUGUGCAGCGUACGCCCGAACAGGAGGCCUACGAGAGUCUGAUGCGGCGCCAGUGCUGGGAGUCGGGACAGAUCGACUACUCGGGCGCCGACUCGUUCGACAACAUCUGGAAGAAGAUCUCGCAGACGCUGGACAAGAAGCCCGAGCCGGAGACCGACCAAACCGAUAACGAUACUGACACAGAUAAUGAUAGCGAUAAUGCUAACACACUAAGCUUAAAUCAAUUGAUAAUCGAAACCGCAAUCAAACUGGUGCAGCAUCCAACUGAGCCGCAAAGGACCUCCGACAAGCCUCAAGGGAAGCCCAGCUCUCGUCCUGGUCUGCAGCCGGUGCCAGAGCCGGAGCCCGACCAACCGCCUCGCCCCAGUCCCCGCACAAAAGCCGCAACUAACAAACUUGCAACUAACGCUGAGAGACCUGCUUCCGGCUCGGUCACUGUUUCCACACAGCAUCCCCAGCCACAGAUGCGACAACAGCCACAGUCCCAGGGCAAGGCCCAGCCCCAGCCCCAGCCGCAGCCGCAGCCACAGGCAUCCCAGACAGCAGAGACGUCGAGCCAGCAGCACAUCACCAUGCAGCAGCAGCCGGGAAACAGUGGCAGCUCCAGUAACAAGGCCAGCCGCCAGCGGGCGGUGCGUAAGUUUAAAUAGCAAUUACUGAACCUGCUGAUGCACUACAGCUGCCUGCCACACCUGGCGUGUCGGCCCAGGCGGUUGCAACUGCAUUUGGAUCCCGAGCCCCAACCCGUGCACGUCUAAGCAGGAAACAGAGCUGAAAAGAGGGCCAACCCCAACGAACAGGAACGGAUAACUAAAUGGAAUUGAAUCGAAUCGAAUCGAAUGGAAUGCUGUAUAAAUCGCUUACUAACCGCCACGCUGCCUUAAGGAGGAAACCAAUUGCAAUAUCGUAGACUUACCCUAGGAAAACUUAGUGAUAGGAAAACUAAUAAUAGA